AUGAGCAUCGUAGUAGCCUUCGAUCUCUACGGCACUCUCUUGUCGACAGAGAGCAUCGCCAAAGAAUUAGCCUCACACUUUGGCCAGGAAAAGGCCGCCUCCAUCGCUGCAGUAUGGCGAAAGUACCAGCUGGAAUAUACAUGGAGGCUGAACAGCAUGAAACAAUAUCAGGAUUUUUCAGACGUAACCGAGAAAUCUCUCGGACAUGCACUGGCCGAGCAUGGUUUGAGUCUCAAUCGUGCUCAGAGUGGCAAGCUCAUGCAAGCAUACGACUCUCUAUCCACCUUUCCAGAUGUCAACCCAGCACUGAAGCGCCUGGAGAAUAACCCAAACAUCAAAUGCGUCGUGUUCUCCAAUGGGACCAAGGCCAUGGUCUCCAACUCUGUCAACAAGUCUAGUGAUCUCAACUCUUCAGUGUUCAAAGACCUCAUCACUGUGGAUGCUGUCAGAGUAUUCAAGCCCGCACCCGAGGUGUAUAACUACUUGGCAAAGCAAGUCAGCAAGGUGGGCGAAGAAGAUAAAUUGUGGCUGGUCUCGGGAAAUCCAUUUGAUGUUGUGGGUGCUCGCUCUGUGGGCAUGCAAGCUGCAUGGGUGGAUCGAUCAGGGAAAGGAUGGCAGGACAGCUUAGGACUUGGCCCGACCGUAGUGGUAAGAAGUUUGGAGGAGGUAGCCGACGCCGUUGAGCGGCAUGCAGCAGGCUCCCAGUAG